AUGGAAGUAACGGAGGAAGAGUUGACUGUUCACAAGAUUAUUUUAGAGCAGGGACAGAUCUUUGUAGACGAGAUAAAGAUUCAUGAAUUGAUUGAGUAUGAAUUGCCUGAUACUCCCUGGGAACAAUUACAAAUAAUAUUAGAAAGUUUGCAUUCUUUUGGAUUGGUUAGGAAGCGACAAACCCAUGAUGAAAGGGUUUUAUACCAAGCUCGUACAAAAGAAAUUGCAAAAAAAUUGCAAAACCUUGAUGAAAGAGAAUUUGAAAUAUAUGAGCUCAUAGAAAAUUCAGAAAGAAAAGGUAUCGCAAAGUCUGAAAUCCAAAAACAGUCUAAGAUCGUACAAUCUAUAGUUGAGAGUAGUCUAAAGUCUAUGCAGGACCAACAAUUGAUUAAAGAAGUCAAACCAAAGAACAAAAAAUUGUACAUGUUAUUUGACAUUAAACCAGUUGAUGAAUCUCUUAGCAGAUUAUUAUACAAUAAUGGGGAAGUUGAUACAAUAGUUGUAGAGGCAUUAAAAACUUUAUGCUAUAAUUUUAUAUUUCACAGAAGUUUUCCAAAAGAUUUGGAUGAGGAUGGAAUAUAUCAUCCAGGUUACACAGGUUAUGCGACACUAGAAAAAAUUUUACAAUGUAUUCAUGAAUCAAAUUUGAUCACUGAUUGUGAAGCUCAAGAAUCAGAUAUACAACAACUUGUAGAUGUUCUUAUUUAUGAAGGAAAAGUUGUAAGAAUUUUUUCAGGUGUAAUACCAGAUUCAGAUGCAAUGAAUAUCAUGGAUACAAAUCAGGAAUCUCACGUUAUGUAUAUGGCAAGAAAACCAAGAGCAGUGAGCAACGCUUGGACUCCAACACCAUGUGGGAGGUGUCCGUAUUUUAAAGAAGAAUGUACGGAGGAUGGAGAAAUCUCACCAUCUAAUUGCGUGUUUUAUCCUCAAUGGCUUAACAGAGGUAUUAGUAUGAUUCAUGAAGUGAAUAAAUCCAAAGGUAAGGGAAAAAAUGUUAUGGACUGGUGA